AUGGAGGAACUCUACACCCUAUUCUACAAUGAUUACUCGAUCUGCUCCAUCAUGGUCCGGUAUACCAUUGCCCUGUCGAGACGUAUGCCUGGCGAAAAGGUCAGCAUUGAGGAGAAACCGAUCAACAUUCAGCACGGAGGCCAGUUGACCGAAUACUAUCUCUGCGAAGUGAACCCGCGAGGAACGGUUCCUGUCUUGAAAGGCCCCAGUUCGUCCAAAGUCCUGAAGACGCCCCUCAGCGAGAGUGUCGACAUCACGUACUUUCUCGCCGAACGGUUCCCCAGCCUCUGUCCACCGCACCUGUCGCAGCAGAUUCGGCGUCUCCUCGCCGAGCUCCACGACAUCAAUUACUUUUCCCUGACCUAUACCCGCAAGCCGCAGCGCGCGUCGGACAUGGAGAAUUCCGUGCUGAGCCUCCUCUCCGACCCGGCCAUCUCGAGUCGAUGGCGCGAGGCUCUGAAGUUCAAGCUCGAUGUGGUUCGCGCGACACGAGCACCGGCACUGACCAAGGAGGCCGUCGCGGUGCAAGAGGCCAAAGCAUCUUCUUUCCUGUCCCAAAUAGAGACCCUCCUAGCGGGUUCCGAGGGCACUGGAUCGCCAUGGAUCUUUGGCAGCGAGGACCCAACUGCUCUGGACGCCCAUGUCGUGCCGUUCGCCGCGCGGUUGAUCGACGUCGGACGGCAGGGGAUGCUGCCGGACAGAGUGCGUGCCUAUGCAGACCGUGCAUUUGACGCCGAGCCAUGGAAAGAGGUCAUGCAAGGCAGGAAGACUGUAUAUGGCACUUAUCUAUGA